GACGACUGCCGCUGUUGUUGACACUGCGGAUCCACGACUGUACAAUGACAACAGCGUUUUAGUAGAUGUUCGUGUUCUGAAAACAAACGUUAAAAACUGCAACUCUCACCCGAAUAUAUCUUCAUGUUAACUUGGUCUCAAUUGACCGUUUUAUUUAAUAACUUUGCGACGCAGCUAGCACCGGAAGCUAAGCUCCAGUGGAGGAAGUUAGCUAGUGAGCCAUGGAUAGUCAAGUUAAACUCAGUUAAUACAAUUAAACCAUCUACUCUGUGGUGUUUCGUUAGCUUUGGUGCUUAGAUCUGGCGAGGACAACGUGCUAAUCAAAGAUGGCCGUGGAGCUGGAUGUGUUCGUGGGUAACACCACCAUCAUGGACGAGGAGGUGUAUCAGCUCUGGCUGGAUGGACACACAGUGAAUGACGCGGUGAGGGUACGCAUGGAGGGAGGAGUGCUGGAGGAGUGUGAGGCGAGCGCAGAUGUGCUGCUGAGCGACACCAUGGACCAGUACAGGACUUUCCAGAUGUGUGAGCGUCUGCUGCACAGUCCAGCUAAACUAGCCAAUCAGCUCCUGUUCCAGAUCCCCCCUCAUCGACAAGCCAUCCUCAUAGAGAGAUACUAUGCUUUUGAUGAUGUCUUCGUCCGUGAGGUCCUGGGAAAGAAACUCUCUAAAGGAACAAAGAAAGACUUAGACGACAUAAGUGCCAAGACAGGCGUGACGCUAAAAAGCUGCAGACGACAGUUUGACAACUUCAAACGUGUUUUCAAAGUUGUGGAAGAGCUGAAGGGACGCCUGGUGGAGAACAUACGUCAGCAUUUUCUUCUCUCCGACAAGCUUGCAAGGGAUUACGCCGCCAUUGUUUUCUUUGCCAACAAUCGCUUUGAGACGGGGAAAAGAAAGCUACACUACCUCACUUUCCAGGACUUUGCCGUCUGUGCUGGGCAGCUUAUCAACAACUGGACUGUUGGGGCAGCGGACAACAUGGUGGAAGACAUGGACAUCGAUCUUGAUAAAGAGUUUUUACAAGAGCUGAAGGAACUGAAGAUUUUAAUCGCAGACAAAGAUCUGCUUGAUCAACACAAAAGUCUGGUCUGUACAGCUCUCAGAGGAAAGACUAAAGCUUUUAAUGAGAUGGAGGCUAAUUUCAAGAAUCUUUCCAGAGGCCUCGUCAACAUCGCCGCCAAGUUAACGAACACAAAAGAUGUCAGAGAUUUCUUCAUUGAUCUUGUGGAGAAGUUUAUUGAGCCGUGCCGUUCAGACCGAUGGACAGCUGCGGAUAUGAGACUCUACCUCACUCACUACACAAACUCCGCACACAUACUUGACACAUUCAAACACCAGGUCGUGUGGGACAGAUACAUGGGCGUCAUCAAAAGCUGCAUCUUCAAAAUGUAUCACGACUGAAGCCUAUCUGUUGCGGCUCUCUCCUCUCUUCUCUCUGCUAUUCGUCUGGUUUGUUUCCUCCCGCCGAAGCCUUUAUCUUAGCCCUUCAGUUUGCGCUUUCUCUGUUCGCUGAUGAAUCGUUAUCUCGAGCUCCAUUAUUGUUUUUGGCUCUGGAGUUUGCUUCCCUAGCGACCCGAAGUGUCUUUAAAUUUUGUUUGUAAAUAAAAUGAAAACGUAUUUACAUCAAAA